AAACACUAAAUAAUAAACUAAAGAAAAAGUAUUAGUCAAGGCCUCGGACGAAAUGUCACAAUGUCGAGUUAUCCUCGGCGUUCGAACUUAAUAGAAGGUGUGGGAAAUGAGGUUCUUUUUGGAUUCGUAACAUUCACUAGUAGUUUGGUAGGGAUUCUGUUUUACCUUAACCAUAGGUAAUAUUUUAUUAUUUUUGCUUUAAAAUAUUACAAAAUUCUAGUCUAUUACUUAACUUUUAUUUAAUUAAAAUUUUUAUUUAGUUCAACUUUUUAUCAUUUUUAUGCAUUCAUAAUAUAAUAAUAUAUUAAUAUAUUAUUUAAAAUAUAUGACCUGAUGUAUUCGGGAUAAUAACCUUUUAUAAUGACUAAUAAUGGCCAUAAUGGUAGGCAUAUUGGGAAAAUUUCUACCUGCUAUUGCGAAACCAAAAGUCAAAGCUUAUCACAAUUCCUUAUUUUAAAAAGUUUAAAAAAGAAGUAUCUAUGUAAUGAUGUUUAAACUUUUCUAACAUUAAGUUUUGAGAAGUAUUUUUCUGCUAUAUAUUAUACGCCUACUCGACACCUUUUCUCAUCCCCAAACUACAAUUUUUUUCUCUAAACUCUAAACAUGACCUUAAAUUAAAAAAAAAUACAAAGCUAAAAUGUGAUGUGUUUGGCUAACAAUUUUAAAAGCAAUCAAUUAUAUUUAUUAAUUUUACUUUUAAAAGGGGGAAAAUACAUUAUAAGUUUUGUGACCUACUACCUAGAACUUGUGCCUAUUUUAACUUAACCCUUUCGUUACUGCUGGGUUUUUGGGCAUCGAUUUUUGAUGACUCAGAAGCAAAAAUCUUUUUUUUUUUUUUUUAAUGAAGAAAUUUUCGGUAUAUUUCAUUCUCUAUCCGAUUCGCUUUUUAACUUCUCAAUAGAUUAACGAAUAAAGAAAUAUAUAGCAUCUAAAUAUGAAGUCGACGUGACGUCCUUGGUAUUUCAGAAAAGUUCUUUGCCUUUUUGUUAUGACGACAAUGUCAUGUCCUUAAUAAUUGAAAGUGAGUGAUCGUGACGGCGCGUUGAUGUCAUCAGUAGUGAAGUGGUUAAAGACCUCAAACUAUUUAGGCAUACUCUACGUGACACACCCCCCACCACCACGAGUGAUGUUACUUAUGGAUGGCCCCUAAAUAGAAGUCCUUAGUAAUAGCAAUAAAAGUAUUAGGCCUACUAUGAUUAUGACAUGCCUUUAUAAACUACAGUAGAACCCGGUUAAGUGGACCCCCUCGGGGUUUGCCAAAAAACGUCAUGAUAACCGAUGAUCGAGAUAAUCGAAAACCAAUAUGGCGGCAAUAUAUUAACUUGGGCUUGAAAUUUCUUUAUGUACACCAUGUGCGUUUAUAAAUGAGAUGGAUGUGCACAUGUAUUUUGGAGAUUUUUAUUAUGCAACAGCGUUACCGCGAUUUGUUUGAUAAAGCAUUGGGCAUGCUAUAAAAAUGUACAUAGCUGUUUGCUAACAACACAAGGGAUAUGUAGGGUGCCAUUUUUCCGGAUUAUACCGGAAUUCAGGAUUCGUGAGGCUAAAUAUUUUUCAGCUCCGGAUUCGCAAGUUUUUAUUUUCUCUUGCUCCGGGUUCGCCUGUUCAGUUUAUUCAAAUACAGAUUCUAGGUUUUAAAAAAAAAUCGACCUGUAAGAACUCCUGAAAGCCUAUUAAGUAUUAAUCGACAAGCAGGUUCUAUAAAUAGAACAGCUAACCCGAACCCUCUCUUUUGUUUGCAAGCCUCUCGCUUCUUGCUGUGUCAAGCUUAUUGCGCAGACGAUGUUGUCAUUUCAUUUCAAAUACUACAGUAUAAAGUACGCACGUUUCUGUUGUAUAUAAUUUUCAAAAGCCCGUGAUUGGUCAUGGAGAUCGAGAUAACCGAGGUUAAGUGGCAAAUUUGGCCGCCAUUUGUACUCGAGAUAUCAGGGUUCAGCGACAUAAAAAAUCGACAUAACUGAGGAGAAAAUGCUAAGACAAAGAGAGAAUUAGGCGGUUCCACUUCAAAAACAUUGACAUAACAGGGUUGUUGAGUUAACUGAGGUCGAGAUAAACGGGUUCGACUGUACUAUAUUUAUUAUUUAUCUUGGCCUUAUCAGUCAGUAUUAUUUAGAAAUAAGAAAACAAGUGCGUUUAAAAUUUUAUUUUUGUGGUUGUAAUGAGUAGGCCUACUGAAACUCACUUGUGUGAUGGGAGAAAUUUAAAAUAUUUUUUAUUAAAUAACUUUUAAAGGCCAAAAUAUAAUUUCAAUGUGCUGCAAGAGUCAUCAGGUUUCAAGUAAAUUGUUUGAAAAUACUCUAUAAACUAAAUUAAAUAUUUGCCAUAUUUAAAAAGUCCUUUCAUUGUCAAAAUAAAUUACUGGUCGGACUUUAAGUCCGUUUAAUUUUUUUUUAUUUCUGACUGAGGUUAGUGAGUACAAGGUCAAAAUAAGAGGAAAAUGUUCAGAAAUGUAAAAAUGAAAUGUUGCAAUAUUGUAAAUAAUAUAAUUAAUUUUUUAAAUUGAAAUAUUAUAAAUAUUCAAAUUUAAGAAGAAUAUAUGUUUUAAGUUUUAUUUGCUAUUACAUGAUAAAUUGGUUCAAAUUAUUGUGUUAUUAUUAUUAAUAACGGUAAUAAUGUUUGUUCUUUUAUAUGAGCAUGUCUUCCAAUCUAUUCAAAACUAUUCUUACAUUUAGACAGCGUCUCGGGACUACAAUCCACCCAGAUAGUGCAACAGAAGUUGCAAGUACUCGUGAGCAGCUUCAGAAUGAGGCACAAGGUAGCCAGCGGCCAAAUCAGAGACGAGCAAAUCAUCGCAACGACGGACAACUUACAUGUCCAAUAUGUUUAGGAUCUGCCUCUUUUGCGGUGGAAACCAAUUGUGGACAUGUAUAUUGCGGUAAUAAUUGACAUUACAUUUUUGCGGGUAGCAUAAUAUGAAAAAUAUAAGAAACAAGUGAUAAAAAGUUUAAAUUAUUUAUUAUUAUGAGACCUUACACUUACAAUACUUACAUGAUAGAUAUGAUUUAAAAAAAAAAAAAUGUAAAGUGCUUACCAUUUCAGGCCAUUGUUUUAUCAUGUAUUGGGAGCACCAAACAUGGAUGGGUGCUGUCCGCUGUCCAUCAUGUCGUACUCAAGUAAGUGUUUUUCUAUACAUUAUUAAGGGAAGAUAAUUUAUCUAGGUUGUUUUUUUUCAUUAACAUUGGACGUAUGAGAGAGGCAAAGCAAAUGUAUCCAUUUAAUUUUCUCACACAUUGCAAAGUCUACAAACCUUUGUUUUAUGUCUGUAAGAAAUGAAAGGGAAAUUCUUUUAAAUGAAAAUUUAUGAAGUUUUACAAAGUUAAGAUUUGAAAACAUAUUUAAAGUAAAUAAAUGUGAAUGGUCACUUUGCAGGUCUCCUUACUGCUGUUAAAUUUCACAUCACAAGAACACGCACUUGAGACUGAUGAGAGGCUUCAAGUCAUUGAUAAAGUAAACCAAUAUAACAGAAGAUUUUCUGGAGAACCUAGAACUGUAAGUCAAAGAGAUGAUAACACAUGAUGCUUAUUGUAAGUCGCAGACAUGAUAUAUGAUGGUUAUAACUGUAAGUCACAGACAUGAUACAUGAGGCUUAUAACUGUAAGUCACAGACAUGAUACAUGAUGCUUAUAACUGUAAGUCACAGACAUGAUACAUGAUGCUUAUAACUGUAAGUCACAGACAUGAUACAUGAGGCUUAUAACUGUAAGUCACACAGAUGAUAAAACAUGAUGAGUUAAACAUUUUCAUUUUUUAUAUGACCUUUCCCCAAACCAACACUGUGGACAGUAACAAGACCUUCCCCAAGCCGACAAACUGUGGACAGUAACAAGACCUUCCCCAGUCCACAAACUGUGGACAGUAACAAGACAUCAAUGAAAAAAUAGAAAUCUAUGUUUAAGUUGCCAAUUUUUUAUUCUACUCUUUGUCUUAGUUAUUGACUCCAGAAAUUUCAUCCCUGUUCCUGGCAUUUUGAGAUCUUUUUUUAGUUUUCUGCUUCCCAUUUUUUGGCAGUCAUUUCUUAUUUCCUCUCUCUCUUUCGUACCGUCCCAAUGUAUAGAAGUUUUAUCUUUUAAUUUGGUGUGGCAAAAGAACACGUGCCUCGCCAUGUGCAUUGUUUCUAAAGAACUGAAAGUGAGUUUACGUCCCACCUUUAUUAAUACCCGUAGUGGCAGUUUCCUCUCUGUAACACAUGCUAUUUUAUUAUUGUUGUAGCAUGGUUAACUAAUACUCCGAUUGUCUCGGAUGCCGCUAUCACUUGCGUAAUGUAAUUAAUUCUCUCACUCCUCAAACUUAACUUGACUGUCCUGUCACACAAUGAGGAUUCAACGUCCAUUAAUUAAUUUUCACAGUACUUUAUUAAAUUCUAUAACCACAUUAAAUAAUAUGCCUUGCUAGGCAGAUAUCUUGAAACAAUUCCAGGAUGCAAUCAUUAUACACUUGUACAAUAUUCCAUAUUCCAUAUCACAAUUUGAAUCGCAAUACUACAAUACUUCAAUAAUUCACAUGAUAGAAAAAAACAUGUCUUCUCUCUGUCAGACAACUGGUGUACUACCUUGUUUAACUAAAGCAUGCAGUUCACUUACGCUACAAAAAUAUAGUUCCUCCUCUUUUCUCGUGAAAUACGAGGUAUUACAACUCAAUGCUCAAAUUACUACACCAUCCUGACAUAAUAGUGUUGUGUGCAAAAUUACAGACAACUUGGUCUGUUACACUUUCAUACAUGUACAAACAAUAGUUUUCACUUGUCAUGUUAAAGCCAUUGCAUGCAGAUGAAAGUUUUCUUGCCACAGAAGGUACCAAAAGUGUCAUUCUUCAGGCUUAGAAAAGGCUCAUUAUUUUGGCAUAAACAGUCUACCACAUUUAGCUAAUCAGAUUGUAGCAGUUUUUAUGUCAUCUAAUACAACAUUUCCAAAAUGUAUAAGUUUGUGCUGAUCCGUGGACCAGUUUUAACUUUUCACCACCAGAUUUAUUAAUUAUUUCUUCUUUUUAUUUGACGAUAAAUAUUCAUAUUGUGCAGACCCGCAACAUAAGGCUGGUGGACUGAUUCCGAUCUGACGACCACCAUUUAAGGAAUGCUGAUCUAAUACAUCCUGUUUAAGUUGAAUGAAAAUUAUUAAAAAAUUAAAUCUAGCCAAUAGAAAAAUAACGCUGCUGAGCCUGUCUACGUGAUAAGACGUUGCCAGCAUCCAACAUUUCUUAUGACUUAGGCGGGCUUGGCAGUAUUAUUUUUUUUUUAUAUGCUAUAUUUAAAAUUGCUAUCUCAUUGUGUAAAACAAAUAAUCCAGCAGUCUUUUGAACUGUUCAUCUUGAGAGAGACUGGUGGUCUAACUAAAUCAUAUUGAGAUAGAAGUCCAAAUCUUUUUUUAUAAUAAUAUUUUCAUCUCACUGUUGGUUACCAUUCAAAAUGGCUUUUAUAAAAAAAAUUUCUUCUUUUUUUUCUUUUUUUUAAAUUAAUUAUUUUUAACAAAAUUUUGUUAUUAAAAUUUUACAGUCUUUCCAUUUCUACCCGUUUUUCAGAUACAAGAGUACUUGCAAGACCUUCCUACUUUACUGAGGCAUGCAUUUCAGGAGUUCUUCAGUGUUGGUGGAUUAAUGUGGAUGUUCCGAUUCCGUAUUGUAAUUCUGGUUAUUGCUGCCUUUAUCUAUUUGGUGUCUCCAUUGGACAUUUUACCAGAGGGUGCUUUUGGCCUGAUAGGAUUUCUAGAUGACAUUUUCAUCCUUCUGUUUAUAGCAGUUUAUAUUAGUAUAAUCUAUAGACAGGUCGUCGCGGGACGAGGGGGAUGAUGAUGGCCCUCUAGAGAGCUAGUAACUUAUUCAUGUAAAACGUAUACCUUCAUAUUGACACGUAUACCUACAUAUUCUAAGCUUUAUGGGGAAAGUUUCCAUUCAACAUUUGUACAAAAUUUAUUUCAUUAAAGGAUAAGAAUAAACGAUAAUUUUUUUUGUCUUUGUUACAAAAAUUAUUAUUUUAGUAUAUUAGACACUAGUUUAUUCCCCAUAAAGCAAAUGGCCUUUAUCAGUUAAUUUUUUUAGCUUUGUCACAAAUUAAUCAGACAGGACUUGGAAGCACUUCUUGAUUGGCAUUAGCUGCAUUGUUACAAAUGAUGAGUGAUUCUUGUAAAGGAAUGUGUCAAAAGUUGGCCACCCAAUGACAUUUUAUUGCCGGUACACAAAUUAGUUGUCAGUUUUUACAAUGCGUUUUCUCAAAAGAAUUUCGCUGGACUACAUUUUAAUUUCUGGUGCUUAUAAAAUUUAAUGAAACUUAAAAUAAGUUGGUGACCUUCGUGACGCCACCGACCGCAAUAUUAGACUUCAAAGCAGAUAUUUAAAUCACCCAUAACAGCUGUCCACACCCGGUAACACACAUUUUAUUGAUACACGUAUAUAUUAUAUAUUCAUAUAAUUAUAUAAUAUACAUUUAUAAAAAAAAAACAUGCUGUCUAAUAAUGUGUCAAUAAAUAUGUCAUGUUUGCAUGAUUGAAUACUGCAUAUGGAGUAGCUGAACUCUUUCUUUAUUGUAGUCUUGUUGGUGCAUCAUUUAUUCCAUUUUUAAUAUUUUUAUUUUUCAAUUAAAAUUUAGUCACAAUUUUAUUUAAGAUAACAUAAGAUACGAUGUUUUUAUUUCAAAUUUAUUUUAAACUUUGCUCAUAGAUUUAUUUCAAAUUUAAUUGGCAAUUAUUAUUAUUUUUUAUAAAAUUAAAUGUUAAAGAAUUUUUAAAUCUCAUAAAAGUAUUUAAAACUUAGUUUUAAAAAUGAUUUGACACUUAAUUUGUGGUAAUUUAAGAUUUUUGUUUGUUUUUUUUUACAUUUCAAAGUUCAAAUAUUAUUUGUCAGUGUUAUUUUGAAAUAAGGUGUCGAAAACAAAAGUAAUCCCGCUAAGAGGAUACAUUUCUUUUAGAGCACGCCAAAGAAGAUCUACUUGAAGGAGCUGCCCAAUGGUUUAAGGAAGACGACUGGCCAUUUCAGUGCCUUCAAAGUUUGACAUGCAGUCAGUUGUAACAUUAAUAAUUAUUUCAGUUUUGAUGUUUUUAAAUAACUUACCUUCUUUCUUUUUCUUAAUAUAAUGCUUAUGCCACAGACUCUAUGUUGACAUCUUCAAGUGCUACUACUACUUCUUCUAUAGACUUAAACUCUAUGUUGACAUCUUCAAGUGCUACUACUACUUCUUCUAUAGACUUAAACUCUAUGUUGACAUCUUCAAGUGCUACUACUACUUCUUCUAUAGACUUAAACUCUAUUUUGACAUCUUCAAGUGCUACUACUACUUCUAUAGACUUAAACUCUAUGUUGACAUCUUCAAGUGCUACUACUACUUCUUCUAUAGACUUAAACUCUAUGUUGACAUCUUCAAGUGCUACUACUACUUCUUCUAUAGACUUAAACUCUAUGUUGACAUCUUCAAGUACCAUUACUACUACUGCUACUAGGCUAAAAAUCUAUGUUCAAGUUGGCACUAACUUGGCAUCAAAUGCUUUCUUUCAAAUGUUGUCAUUAUUUCUUCCUAUAAAAGCUCUUAUUUUUAUGGUUAUGUAAAUCCUUUGAUCAAUUUACAAAAGUGAACUUUAAUCCACAAAGGUUUUUCCUGUUAUUUCAUGUAUAAUUUAUGCAUAUGAAUGAAUAAAAAUAAAUGUAUU